CGUUGCGCGGCGGCGGCGGCAGCGCCGGGCCCGGUUCUGGCCCGGUUCUAACGCGGUUCUAACCCGGUCCUGGCCCGGCUCCGGCCCCGGCGGAACCACCGUGAGCCCCGCAGGUGCAGCCAUGGCGGGCGCGGCGCCCCCCGCAGGUGCCCCCGAGCACCCCUUCACCUGCCGGGAGUGCGGCAAAUCCUUCCGCUGGUCCUCGCGCCUGGCGCAUCACCUGCGCAGCCACACAGGUGAGCGCCCCUACAAGUGCUCCGAGUGCCCCAAGGCCUUCAAGGGCUCCUCCGCCCUCCUCUACCACCUGCGGGGCCACACAGGUGAGCGCCCCUACACCUGCGCCACCUGUGGGAAGAGCUUCAAGCGCUCCUCGCUGCUGCAGACUCACCUGCGCGUGCACACGGGGCUGCGCGCCUUCAGGUGCGCCCAGUGCGGCCUCACCUUCAAGUGGGCGUCACACUACCAGUACCACCUGCGGCAGCACUCGGGUGAGCGGCCCUACCGCUGCCCCACCUGCCCCAAGGCCUUCAAGAACUCCUCCAGCCUGCGGCGCCACCGCCACACCCACACAGGUGAGCGCCCGCACACCUGCGACACCUGCGGCAAGGGCUUCGCCCAGGCCACCAACCUGCGGCAGCACCUGCGGGUGCACACGGGGGAGCGGCCGUACACCUGCGCCACCUGCGGGAAGAGCUUCACGCACUCGUCCAACCUGCACCUGCACCGGCGCACGCACGGCCCCGCCCCGCAGUGCCCCACCUGCGCCACGCCCUUGGCCUCGCGCACCUGCCCGCAGAGGCACCCGCCGGGCCCCGCCCCGCCCGGCGCCGCCUCACCUGAGCCGCUCUGGAGGCCGCUGGCGCUCACCUGUGCCGAGCAGGAGGUGACGGUGACACCGGCCACGCCCCCGGCCCCGCCCCACCGCUGCCUCACCUGCGGCAAGAGCUUCAAGAACGGGGCGGGGCUGGCGCGGCACCUGCCCGGGCACGAGCGGCCCCGAGCCCCACCCGCGCCAGGUGAGGCCGAGGCGCCGGCCCCGCCCCCGCCCGAGCGGCCGUACAGGUGCGGCGAGUGCGGCAAGGCCUUCAAGGGCUCCUCGGGGCUGCGCUACCACCUGCGCGACCACACAGGUGAGCGCCCCUACACCUGCGCCACAUGUGGGAAGAGCUUCAAGCGCUCCUCGCUGCUGCAGACUCACCUGCGCGUGCACACGGGGCUGCGCGCCUUCAGGUGCGCCCAGUGCGGCCUCACCUUCAAGUGGGCGUCGCACUACCAGUACCACCUGCGGCAGCACUCGGGUGAGCGGCCCUACCGCUGCCCCACCUGCCCCAAGGCCUUCAAGAACUCCUCCAGCCUGCGGCGCCACCGCCACACCCACACAGGUGAGCGCCCGCACACCUGCGACACCUGCGGCAAGGGCUUCGCCCAGGCCACCAACCUGCGGCAGCACCUGCGGGUGCACACGGGGGAGCGGCCGUACACCUGCGCCACCUGCGGGAAGAGCUUCACGCACUCGUCCAACCUGCACCUGCACCGGCGCACGCACUCGGCGGCACGGCCCUUCCGCUGCCCCACCUGCCCCAAGGCCUUCGUCAUGGCCGCCUACCUGCAGAGACACCUGCGCACGCACGGCCCCGCCCCGCGACGCGCACCCGGCGCUGCCGCCGCACCUGGCGGUGCCACACCUGUGCCAUCGCCUGCUGGCGCUUACCUGGUGCUGCCCGGCCCUGGUGGCUCCUCCCCCCACAAGGUGCUGCUGGUGGCGGCCACGCCCGGGCACGCCCAGCCGCACCUGGCGCAGGUGGGCAGGGAGCAGCGCACCUGGCACAGCGUCCUGCUCAUACCUGGGGCGGGCAGGGAGGGAGCGGCAGCGGGGGUGCAGGUGGCUGGGGUGACAGGUGUGACAGGUGUGACAGGUGUGGCAGGUGUGACAGGUGUGGCAGGUGUGGCAGGUGUGACAGGUGUGACAGGUGUGGCAGGUGUGACAGGUGUGGCAGGUGUGGCAGGUGUUACAAGUGCAGGUGUGACAGGUGUGGGUGUAGCAGGUAUAGCAGGUGUUACAGGGGUCCCAGGUGUGGCAGGGGUGACAGGUGUUACAAGUGCCGGUGUGACAGGAGUGGCAGGGGUGACAGGUGUUACAAGUCCAGGUGUGACAGGUAUGACAGGUGUAGGUGUCACAGGGGUCCCAGGUGUGACAGGUGUAGGUGUGACAAGUGUCACAGGGCUUACAGGUGUGACAGGUGUAGGUGUCACUGGUGUGACAGGUGUGCCAGAUGUAGGUGUCACAGGUGUCCAGCUCCAGGUGCUGCCGGUGGCCCCAGAGGUCACCAAUGUCCAGGUUCAGGGUGGGGAGGUGGCAGGUGUGACAGGUGUGACGGGUGUGACAGGUGCAGGUGUGGCAGGUAUGACAGGUGUGGCAGGGCUGCAGCUCCAGGUGCUCCCAGUGCCUUCAGAAGUCACCAACGUCCAGCUCCAGGCAGGUGAGGUGACCAACGUCCAGCUCCAGGUGUUGCCACCACCACCUGCAGGUGGCACAGGUGUGCAGUUCCAGACAGGUGAGGUGACCAACGUCCAGCUCCAGGUGUUGCCACCACCACCUGCAGGUGGCUCAGGUGUGCAGCUCCAGGUGUUGCCAGCACCACCUGAGGUCACCAACGUCCAGCUCUGCACAGGUGAGGUGACCAAUGUCCAGCUCCAGAUGUUGCCACCACCACCCCCAGGUGGCACAGGUGUGCAGCUCCAGGCAGGUGAGGUGACCAACGUGCAGCUCCAGGUGUUGCCACCCCCACCUGAGGUGGCCAAUGUCCAGCUCCAGGUGUUGCCAGCACCACCCUCAGGUGGCACAGGUGUGCAGCUCCAGGCAGGUGAGGUGACCAAUGUCCAGCUCCAGGCCCUGCCGCUGACCUCAGGUGUCACCAACGUGCAGCUCCAGGUGUUGCCACCAGGUGGCACCAAUGUGCAGCUGCAGACAGGUGAGGUGGCCAAUGUCCAGCUCCAGGUGUUGCCACCACUUGCAGGUGGCACAGGUGUGCAGCUCCAGGCCACUGAGCUGCCCAGUGUCCACCUGGCGACCUCAGAGGUGACCAAUGUCCACCUGGACAUCUCAGAGGUGACCAACGUCCACCUGGAGACCAUGGAGGAGGUGCCCAGUGCCCACCUGGAGACCUCAGAGGUGACCGAUGUCCACCUGGACAUGUCACGGCUGCCCAGUGCCCACCUGGAGACCACCGAGAUGACCGAUGUCCACCUGGACACCUCAGAGGUGACCGAUGUCCACCUGGAGACCAGUGAGAUGACUGAUGUCCACCUGGAGACAUCAGGGGUGACUGAUGUCCACCUGCAGACCACCCAGAUGACCAGUGCCCACCUGGAACCCACGGAGGUGCCCAGUGUCCACCUGAAUGUGUCAGAGGUGAGUGAUGUCCAGCUGGAGACCACUGAGAUGAAUGAUGUCCACCUGGGCACCUCAGAGGUGACCAGUGCCCACCUGGAACCCACGGAGGUGCCCAGUGUCCACCUGGACACAUCAGAGGUGACUGAUGCCCACCUGGACAUGUCAGAGGUGGCCAGUGUCCACCUGGAGACCUCAGAAUUGCCCAGUGUCCACCUGGAGACCUCAGAGGUGACCAAUGCCCACCUGGCAACCAGUGACACAGCUGAUGUCCACCUGGACACAUCAGAGAUGACCGAUGUCCACCUGGAGACCUCAGAGGUGACCGAUGCUCACCUGGAGACCACUGAGGUGACCGAUGUCCACCUGGAGACCACUGAGGUGACCGAUGUCCACCUGGACACCUCAGAGCUGCCCAGUGCCCACCUGGAACCCACAGAGGUGAGCAAUGCCCACCUGGACACCAGGGAAGUGACCGAUGUCCACCCGGAGACCUCAGAGAUGACCAAUGUCCACCAGCAGACCACGGAGGUGACUAGUGUCCACCUGGAGACCUCAGAACUGCCCGGUGCCCACCUGGACAUGUCAGAGGUGCCCUCUGACCACCUGGACAGCACAGAAGUGACUGAUGUCCACCUGGGGACAAAUGAGAUGACCCAUGCCCACCUGGACAUGUCAGAGGUGACUGAUGUCCACCUGGAGACGUCAGAGCUGCCCAGUGUCCAGCUGGACACCAAUGACAUGACUGAUGUCCACCUGGACACCACCCAGAUGCCCAGUGUCCACCUGGACACCUCAGAGGUGACCAACGUCCACCUGGGGAGCCCAGAGCUGUCUAGUGUCCAGCUGGACGUGUCAGAGGUGCCCAGUGCCCACCUGGAGACCAAUGAGAUGACCAGUGCCCACCUGGAGAGCUCAGAGGUGCCCAAUGCACACCUGGAACCCACCCAGAUGCCCAGUGUCCACCUGGAGAACACAGAGGUGCCCAGUGCCCACCUGGACGUGUCAGAGGUGACCAAUGCCCACCUGGAGACCACUGAGGUGACCGAUGUCCACCUGGAGCCCAUGGAGGAGGUGCCCAGUGCCCACCUGGACGUGUCAGAGGUGACCGAUGUCCACCUGAAGACCUCAGAGGUACCCAGUGCCCACCUGGAAAUGCCUUGUGUCCACCUGGAGACCACUGAGGAGGUGACCGAUGCCCACCUGGAGACCUUGGCAAUGACCAGUGUCCACCUGGAGGUGCCUGGUGCCCACCUGGACUCAUCAAAGAUGCCCGGUGCCCACCUGGAGCCCACAGAGGUGCACCUGGAACCCCCCUAGGAGGUGGCCAAUGCCCACCUGGAGACCUUGGAGCUGCCCAGUGGCCACCUGGAAGUGCCCAGUGUCCACCUGGAGACCAUGGACAUGCUUGAUGCCCACCUGGGUGUGUCAGAGGUACCCAGUGCACACCUGGACACAGCUUGGAGAUGACCAGUGUCCACCUGGAGACAUCAGAGGUGUCCUCUGCCCACCUGGAGACACCUUGGAGGUGCCCAGUGUUCACCUGGGUGUGUCAGAAGUGCCCAGUGCCCACCUGGAGGUGCCCAGUGCCCACCUGGGCAUGUCAGAGGUGCCCAGUGCUCACCUGAAGACCAUGGACAUGCUCAAUGCUCACCUGGACACACCUUGGAGGUGCCCAGUGUCCAUCUGGAACCCACUGAGAAAGUGCGCAGUGCCCACCUGGAGACCACACAGGUGCCCUGUGCCCACCUGGACGCACCUUGGAGAUGCUCAGUGCCCUCCUGGGCAUGUCAGAGGUGCCCAGUGUCCAUCUGGAACCCACUGAGAAAGCACCCAGUGCUCACCUGAAGACCAAGCAGGUGCCCAGUGCCCACCUGGAGGUGCCCAGUGCUCACCUGGAACCUACCGAGAAAGUGCCCGGUGCUCACCUGGACACACCUUGGAGAUGCUCAUUGCCCACCUGGGCACACCUUGGUACCCAGUGCCCACCUGGAGGUGCCCAGCGCUCACCUGGGCAUGUCAGAGGUGCCCAGUGCCCACCUGGAGACCAUGGGCAUUCCCAGUGCUCACCUGGGCACACCUUGGAGGUGCCCAGUGCUCACCUGUAGACCAUGCAGGUGCCCAGUGCCCACCUGGACACACCUGGGAGGUGCCCAGUACCCACCUGGAACCCACCGAGAAAGUGCCCAGUGCCCACCUGGAGACCACGCAGGUGCCCAGUGCCCACCUGGAGACCAUGCAGGUGCCCUGUGCCCACCUGGAGGUGCCCAGUGCUCACCUGGAGCCCACCGAGAAAGUGCCCAGUGCUCACCUGGACACACCUUGGAGAUGCCCAGUGUCCAUCUGGGCAUGGCAGAGGUGCCCGGUGCUCACCUGGACACAUCAGUGCCCACCUGGACAUGUUAGAGGUGCCCUCUGCCCACCUGGACUCACCUUGGAGGUGCCCAGUGCCCACCUGGAACCCCACAGGUGCUCCUGGCCUGGGGGACCCUGUGCCCCGCCCCUGUGCACACCUGUGCCCGCAGGUGAUGGGGGUGCCAGGGGGUACCUGGGGAGGUACCUGA